CUCUCUCUGCCACACACACACACACACACACUCUCUCUGUCUCUCUCUGUCACACACACACAGCAGCGCUGGAGAUGGAGCACACCGAGCUCGUGAAGCCCGAGUCUCUGGAGGAUCUGAUCCAGACUCUGCACAAGAUCUUUGAAAGCGACAGAGUCAAUGUGGAGGAGGUGCAGAGCAUCAUGGAGUCCUAUGAAAGUAAACCUCACGAGUGGAUGAAAUAUGCCAAAUCUGACCAGUACAGAUACACCAGGAAUCUUGUGGAUGAGGGAAAUGGAAAGUUCAACCUGAUGAUUCUGUGCUGGGGUGAAGGACACGGCAGCAGUAUUCACGAUCACACGGACUCACACUGCUUCAUGAAGCUGCUCCAGGGUCAGCUGAAGGAGACGCUGUUCGACUGGCCCGACCGCAGGCUGCAGGGAGGCAUGACGCAGAAGUCCCAGCGGGUUCUGCUGGAGAACCAGUGCGCUUACAUCAACGACUCCAUCGGGCUUCAUCGAGUGGAGAACGUGAGUCACACGGAGACCGCCGUCUCUCUGCACCUCUACAGUCCUCCCUUCCAGACGUGCCGGACCUUUGACCAGCGCACCGGUCACCACAACACCGUCAGGAUGACCUUCUGGAGCCAGUUCGGCGAGAGGACGCCUUAUGCGAGCAGCGUUUCACAGGAGAACAACUGAGACAAGAGAAGCACGACGGAGCUCGAUGGAAACCUAUGAUGUUUAAAUCUUGAUCCAACUCUUCUUUUAAAGAUGGGCACAGGAGGGUCUCGCUGGUGAUUAGUCUCGUAAUCGUGGCCUAGUUUAGGUCUGAAUAGACGCAUUAGUCGAGCCGUUCUCCCAGCAUUCCUGUGUAAUCAUGCUUUUGUUCCACGGCUGAAGUGUGUCCUUCAUGAGAAGAGUCUGUUCUCCAGCAGAACACUUGCUCUCCGUCUGUUAUUCUGUCUCCAGAUCAGCCUUUGAAGGGAAGAGAUGUUUAUGAAUCAAUGUCUCAUGGAACAAAUAUAGUCUCUGCAUUUGGAAACUGGAGCGUUUAUUUAAAAUGGACCCGAAUCUUCAUUUGUUAACAUUGAAGUAAAUAAAAUGUUUCCCAGA